AUGCCCGGCCCCCCGACGCUGGGGGCGGCAGGCCCCGGCCCGGACCCGGAGGAGCGCUACGAUUUCCUCUUCAAGCUAGUGCUGAUCGGGGACGCCAGCGUGGGCAAAACCUGCCUGGUGCAGCGCUUCAAAACCGGGGCCUUCGCCGAGCGCCAGGGCAGCACCAUCGGCGUGGACUUCACCAUGAAGAGCCUGGAGAUCCAGGGCAAGCGGGUCAAGUUGCAGAUCUGGGACACAGCAGGCCAGGAGAGAUUCCGAACCAUCACACAGAGCUACUACCGAAGCGCCAAUGGAGCAAUCCUAGCCUACGACAUCAGCAAGAGAAGCUCUUUCCAGUCCAUUCCUCGCUGGAUUGAGGAUGUGAGAAAGUAUGCUGGUUCCAACAUAGUACAGUUACUGAUUGGAAACAAGUCUGACUUAAGUGACCUUCGAGAGGUUCAGCUGGAGGAGGCUCAGAAUCUGGCUGAACACUAUGAUAUCAUCUGUGCCAUAGAAACGUCUGCGAAAGACUCCAGCAAUGUGGAGGAAGCUUUUGUGAAGAUGGCAACGGAGCUCAUGAUAAGGCAUGGAGGCCCCAUGUUCAAUGAGAAAAACACAGACAGCAUCAAACUUGACAGCAAAGACAUAGUAGAAGGCUGGGGGCCAUGCAGUUGCUGAUACAAGCUAGCUGGUAUCCCUGACUUUACUGGAAUUUAGAGGGAUGUCUCCCCCUAAGGCUGAGUAGCACAGUAGCUGUAUCCUCCUCCUGAGAGACCAGCAUUUUUGUAGACGUUAGACACCAAUGCAAUCAAGAUUUUGUCUUUUACUUUUAAAAAGGGACUUUGUUGAGGUUUAGACCUAAAAGUUCAACCUUCCUUGACAUUUACUCUGUAUUUGCCCCCAUUAUUUUCUUUGCUGCAACCUUCUCAGUAAGUUAUGAAUCUGAGUGAAGCAGCAUGGAUCUGUUUGUUGGAGGGCAGGGGAAGGUAACUAGACAAGAAACCACCACAUACCUGAAGUCCUAAACCCUUCAGCAUGGAACAGCUGUCAAAGGUGUAACUAUUUUUGCUUUUAGGUCAGUCAACCUUGAUAGAGUCUUUUUAAAUUCUCAGCAUUCCACCAAUGACCACAUACACCAGACAGGUUAGACAGUGACUGUGGCAAAGGUGUUUCAAGUAUCAAAAUGCUUGAAUGUUUUAACAUGGGACCAAGCAGCAGUCACCUGUCCAAGACGCUGGACCACCAUGGAAGUUCUCUCCUUGAAAGUAAAAUGUGGCACAUGGACUGCUAAAUAUUGUUGGUACAAGCCCAAGUGGGCUGUCGUGCUGAUUUUUAAAAAAUCAUCAUUCAAAUAGUGAAAUCAGUCUGAGCAAUACCGGUUGCCUGCUUGUUUAGCAAGAUAAACAUUAAAUGUACUGACUCAAAUUCACUCUUGGAGAAGGAGGGGUUUGAUUAUUUUGUUACUUAUUUGCACAGUGAAUAGUUCCUUUUCCAACUUGGUGUCAUGGAGUUUUUACCCUCAGCUUUAUUCAUUUCAUUCCAUAACUCAAGAACAGCACCACUGGAAAUAAGAACUGGAGAAGCCUUGAACAGACUUUGCUAGCCAUGACUGACUUUGGAGUGCUGUAGUAUGCCUAACUGGUCACAUAGAACGUUAAUUCCAAUCACAUGUGAUUAGCAUUAGUUUUUGUUGCCAGAGGUUUCAUUGCACAAGUGACUGUGACUGUCCCAUUCUUUAACUACAGCCUGGGCAUUUGAUGGGACAGUGAACUUCAAAUUAGCUGAGAAUUGUAUGAAACAUGAUUUCUUGGCUAUAGGAAAAUAUUGAGAUCUCUCGGAUUUCCUCUCUCACAAUCACAAGUUGCCAGUUGAUUUUCAUUUCUUGCAGAUCUUCAGCAAGAAAAAUCUUUUUACUAUUGACCAAAAGUCUGCAUUAUUAAUUAAAUUGAUUUAAUAACCCA